AUUGAAGCAGCCAAUUUGGAUCUGUCUAGUCACUUACCUUUAUUCAGGCCAUUAACGAAGAACAAGUCGGGUUAUACCCUUAGGAAUGGCAAGUUAUCCUAUACUCGCUGCAGGGAAAUAUUUAAGACUACUUUGAAAGAUUUGGGCUAUGACCCCAAGGAAUAUGGCCUACAUAGUCUGCGUUCAGGGGGUGCUACAGCUGUUAUCAGUAAUAACGCUUCCAAAGCCGUUUCUGAGAGGUUGUUGAAACUUCAUGGGCCGGCGCUGGAAAACAGACGAAGCAAAAGACAUGUACGUUUUAGAGACAGAAUGUAA